AUGAAGUUCUCAUCCGGGCUUGUUCUUGCCGCAGUCGCUGUGACCGCCGCCCACGCGGGCAACUCCAACUCCCUUCGCACGACGGAAGCAACUCCAAUCGAGCACGACUUCCAGUCGACGGUCGUCGCCCGUGACCCCGUUAACGGCCGAGAGAUUAAGGUGAAAGACCUGGCGGUCGACCUCGAGCAGAUAUUCGGCAAGAGCAAAGACGGCAUCCCCACCAAAUUCAACAUUUUGGACUUGAUCGGCAGCGGAAAUGGCCAGGCGGACUUAAAAGUCCUUGCUAAGUCGUUCAAUGAUGGUGAGAACAAGGACAACUCGUACGAUACCAAGGAGGGUAAGCUUUGGAAGGAGGACGGCCUGGUGUGGCUCGACGCCUAUGAUGACGACAUGGCUAGUGCCGCUGCCGACAAGACCGCAACGAAGGGCGCAGCUGUGUCCAACGGCGACGACGACAACUUUACAAGCAGCAAAGACUUGAAAUGGAUCGAGGACGACUCGGUGGCUGGAAGCCGUGAUGUUGUUGGUGUGAAGAGCGCUACGAAGGGAUACGCUGAGAGCGGAAAGGGCGAUGCGUCGGGCAGCGACGACCUGGCGUGGCUCUUUGACGACGAGGCUGGAAGCAACACGUUCGCUGAUAUGAAGGGAGACAGCCAGGGUGCCGCUCCAUUCGUGGUGGGCAAGGACUCUGUUGGUGGGAAGGGCGAUGACAAGGGAGCUUUUGUGAUCGGUGGGGACGACAACGAUGAAGUCGAUGACGCUGUUGCCUCGAAGGCUUCCAAGGCAUCGAAGAAGGGUGGAGACAACAUCACCUUUUCCAACUUGUACGAUGAGGGUUCGAAUGGACUCGUUGGUGGUGAAGGCCCAUUGGAUAACAAGGACACGAUUGCGGUUGCGAGUGCCACGAAGGGGAAGGCUCUAUCGGCUAAGGACGACGACAAGUCGAUUGCAAACGAGGCUGUUCAGAAUGACGUUGUGCAGUCGGACGAGACCGUCGGGGGCGAUAAUGUGGCCACCAAGGGCACUAAGUAG